AUAAUGUACACAAUGAUAAAUUUGUUUAUAAUAAUGGACGAUAAAUAUUAUUUCAUGGGAUGAGUUCUUCUCCUAUUUCGGUCUCUCUCUGCGUUAUUCGCGUCGAGAUUGUUGAUGAAAAUUCUGAAGAAUCGAAUGUGGAUUUCGUAAUCCAGGAGCAAUGGCUGCCAAGAUGAGGGGUCGCAGAGAACCAACCAAGAUAAAUAUGGAGAAUCUUACUGAGAAGGGAGAUUUAUCACUUCCUUCUCAAGGAACUAGUAAGUCUGGCUCUAAUUCAAGAGCCAAUUCAGAAGAAAAUACUUAUGAUGAUACAGAAAUGGCUGGUGCAAGUGCUUGUGCAUGUGAUCAAAUAAAUUUCAUCUCUGGAAAUCCAUUUGUUGAAGUAACCAAAGGAAUUAUACAUUUGUAUAAGGAAAACAAAUUAACAGAUAUACAUCAUGCAGCAGAACGUACCCAAACCAUCUGCAUCCUAUCAGUCCCAGCUACAAUGACUUGUCAUGAUCUUUUAAGGUUUACAGCACCUUGCCAUCAAGAUGUACGACAUUUUAGGAUACUUAGAGAUGGAAGUCCUAAUCAGUAUAUGGCACUAAUUACCUUUAAAUCUGCUAGUGCAGCAACAGAGUUUUAUGGUUCUUUCAAUGGUACUCCAUACAAUUCUUUUGAACCAGAUGUUAUAUGUCAUAUGGUAUUCGUGUAUAGCGUAGAAGUAACAUACAAUGCUAUGCCUUUGUCUGGGCAUACAGAGUUACCACUUUGCCCAGUUUGCUUGGAGAGAAUGGACGAAAGUGUUGAUGGGAUUUUAACAAUUUUGUGUAAUCAUACCUUCCAUGCAAGUUGUUUAGCUAAAUGGGGGGACACCUCUUGUCCAGUUUGUAGAUAUGCUCAGACUCCAGAAUCAUUUGCAGAUAGCUAUUGUAUGGAAUGUAAUACCGGAGAGAGUAAUGAUGCUCUAUGGAUCUGUUUGAUAUGUGGACACAUAGGUUGCUCGCGAUAUCAUCAAGGACACGCUUUCCAACAUUACCGCGAAACACACCAUUGUUACGCUAUGCAAUUAGGCAACAAUAGAGUGUGGGAUUAUGUCGGAGAUAAUUUUGUUCAUCGAUUAUUACAAAAUAAAGAUGGAAAAAUGGUUGAAGGUGGUCCUACAGCAACCAAGGCGGAAGGUGCUGCAAUGGAGGAAAAAGUAGAUUCCGUGCAGCUCGAAUUCACUUAUCUCUUAACGUCGCAAUUAGAAACUCAAAGACAGUACUUUGAAGAAAGAUUAUCACGAUUAGAACAGCAUUCUGUUUUACAAACUACAGAGCUCAGAGAAAAGUUAGGUCAAGUGUCGGAAGAAAGCGCCAAAGUUAAGGAACAAUUAGCCUCGUUAACUCGAGAGAAACAGAAUGUAGAUAAACGAUUACAACAAGUUAGUAAUAAAUUAGUACAAGUACAGGCGGAACUGACUGAAGAAAAAGAGUUAAGGAAAGCAUUAGAAUUAAAUCAGGCCACUUGGCAAGAUAAGUAUAAAACGUUACAAAAUGAAAUGACCGAAUAUAAAGAAGCAAAACAAGCAGAGGUUGCAGAUUUAAAGGAUCAGGUACAGGAUUUAAUGUUUUACCUUGAUGCUCAAAAGAAAGUUGAGGAUUCGGAACUGAGAGAUGAAAUCGCAUCAGGUCGUAUAAUGAUCCCAGAAACUUCCAAUCCUGCUAAGAAGAAUACUCGACCUUCUAAGUCACGUAAAAAACGUUGAUAUUAUUUGCUAAUAUUCUACACAAUUAUUUUUGAAUUGCUCUUAAGAAUUAAACUGAUUUUGUAUCACGUUUUUAAUUAUGUCAAAUAAACAAUUUUCUUACUGAUUUUAAACAGCAGGCACUUUGAGGGAUGGCGCAAAAAAAAAAAAAAAAAAAA